AUGGACUCCCACUCCAGGGAGCCAGGGCUCCUGCCGUGUGGGUCCUGUGACAUGGUUUUCCGUUCCUGGGCCCUGCUGGCCACCCACACUCAGCGCUUCUGCAUUGGCCGUCAGCCCCGGGAGCUGACAGUUGGAGAACAGCCCCCAAUAGGCACUGAACCACGAAGGAUUCCUCACCCCACACCCUGUACCCAGGUUGUGCCACAAGAACACCAGGGCCUCCCAGACCAGGAGGCCAGCAAAUCGGCUCUGAAGAGGCUAACAGAUGAGGUGCAGCGGCUGCGGCUGUAUCUGCAGGAAAUGCGACCCAGCAUAACAGAGGUCCCCAGCGGGUCACCGGGGCCCUGGAGGCGGUCAGAGGCACCGACUCAGAGUCCCAACUACGAGACUGCUGGGAGCCCCGGCGAGCGGCUGCGGGCGCUGCACCGGACUCACGCAAGGCGCUUGGCAGAGACCAAGGCACAGAGCUGUGCCCUGGAGCGACGCGGCGAGGAACUGAGCCGGCACCUCCAAGGUUUGGCUUGGACCCGGGACGGGAAAUCACGCAUAUUCAGCCUGGAGCGGGAGCUUCGAGAACUCCGGGCAGAGGCCGGGCGAACGCGGGGUGCUCUAGAGGAGUUAGGGGCGCACGUUCAGCAGCUACAGGCCAACCCCGGGACCCGGCUGAGCGCCUUACGAGAGGCAGAACUCUGUGGUCCGGUGCUACAGGCAAACCCAGGGACUCUGGCUGCGGAGAUCGGGGCCCUGCGUGAGGCCUACAUUCGAGGUGGGGGCCGGGACACCGGCGUUCUGGGCUGGAUAUGGCAGUUACAAGUGGAGGCGUCAGCUCUGGAGCUUCGGAGGUCACGGACCCGCAGGGGGGUGCCUGGAAUGUUAGCUGACAAGUCCAGCCUUGUCCAGAGUCCUAAGGCUGGAGAGCUGCUCAGAGCAGCUGGUCACCAGCUGUCAGAGAUGACAGGUCAGACUUGUUCAAUCGCAGGAAGACAGACAGUUGCUGCAUUCAAGGAGCUUCUAGCAGUGGAGGCUGAAAAUCGGCGCCUGGAGGCAGAAAUCCUGGCUUUGCAGAUGCAGAGGGAUGCAGGCCGGGUGCCCUGGGGGCACAGGGAACCAAGACUUGUGGCCAAUCCCAGCCCACGCCUGAGAAGGGAAGAUCCCCCAAGCCUCCCGCCUCCAGUGGCUUCUCCGCUGCCGCUGCUUCCACACUCCACAGGCUCGCAGCUUCCUGGAACCAUGGCCAGGAAACUGGGCCUGGAUGCAGACUUCCUCCUGCCCACAACUGACGUUCUGGGCCCUGCACCCUACGACCCUGGGGCUGGCCUUGUCAUUUUCUAUGACUUCCUGCGGGGCCUUGAGGCUUCUUGGAUUUGGGUGCAACUAUUGACUGGCUUGGCCCGAGAUGGACAGGAUACAGGAGGGACCACAGCGUUGCCCCCAGCCCUUUGCUUGCCCCCACCUCCAGCUCCUGGGCCCAUGGGCAACUGUGCCAUCCUUGCCAGCAGGCAGCCUAUACCCAGACUACCACCCUCACCAUCAGUAUCCUUGGUCUGUGAGCUGCAGGCCUGGCAGGGGCUGGCAGGGGCUAAGGCACCACUGCCAAAAGCCCGGGCCUCGCUGGUGCUAUUUGACCAGGAUCAGAGGGUGCUAAGUGGUCGUUGGCGUCUCCCACUUCAGACCCUUCCUCUGGACCCCAGCCUUAGCCUUGGGCAGCUGAUUGGGAUUCCCCAGGUAGGUCAGGCCGAGCUCUUUCUUCGGCUGGUGAAUGCAAGAGAUGCAGAUGUCCAGACACUGGCAGAGAUCAAUCCAGCAAGUGCCCACGAGUACCAGCACCCACCUCUGGUGCCCAACUCAUCUUCACUGGAGGCCAGCUCCCUGGCCCCAACAGCUGGCUUUGUUGACCCCCCUCCCCUGAAGACCCCCACCAGCGGCAGAGUAGAGCACAGAGAGGAGGGUUUGGGAACUCAGCACAGCUUUGACCCACCCCCACUGGCUUUCUGA